AAUAGCAAUAAAUUAUUGUAAAAUUUUGUUUAAACUUAAGGUUUUUGUAUUGUGAUUAGUAACGUAAACAUGGAGUUCAAUGAAAUUUCUAUGUGCAUGGAUGUUAAGCUGGACAUCUAUGAUAAACGCCCUGAUUCAUUAAAAUUCAAAACGUGGACAAAAUGUCAAGUGAAAAUUGAAGCUAUUAAAUGUUUACCCUGCUUUUUGCGUAUAAACUUUCAGUCCUUGGCACAGGAUGACAAGGAUGAGUCGUCGCAAUUGAGUGUAUCGAUUAAUGUUCCCGGAGUGACCAUAAGUUUGGCCACCUCACGUACUAAGCAACAUUCAUAUGGUUUAUUUUGGACACACAAUCGUCGUGAUUGUUUCAUAUACUUUGCUUUGGAUACGGAAAUGAGUUGUCGCAAACAUAUGAAAUGGAUUAAGAAAUCAAUAAAGAACUUGGAACUCUAUCGGCAGGUAUUUUUGGAGCAACGGAGAAACAGUCGUGGUUCUGGUUUGUUGGGUGAGGUGGGCAAGUUGGAAGAUAAACAGCGGGAGUUGAGUGCUGUCAAGGAUGCGCUCUCUGCUUUGGGUCCCCUACCACAAAUACCAGAUGGCAACAGCAACAUAAAUUGGUCGAGGCGUGUUUCUCGUGCCUCCGACAUUUAUGAAGAAAUAUUUGAAGGCAACUUUCCUCCCCGUUUGUCGCGUCGCUUAUCACGCACCUCAAUUGCUUCGGGCAUUUAUGAGGAAAUGAAACCCUGUUCACCCAACAUACACUCAAUUGUAGAGGAACAUUUCAAUUGCCCACCGCCAUUGCCACCACUACCGCCACAUCGUAAACGACUCAAUACCUAUGAGUCGGAUCCUUUUUCGCUUUUAGGCGACAUACCACGCUCAAAUACUAAUCCUGAAGCUGAUUUGGCCAAGAAAAAGAAAUAUAAAAAUGUCUUGGACAAUAUAUUCGGUGCGGGACGUUCGAAGAGGGCGGAAAGUGUAAGUGAAACACCCACUUGUACCAUGGAGGAUAUAAUAAAUGGCGGUGAUAGUGUUGAACAAUUCCAUCCUAUUUAUGCUAAUGAGAUCUUAAAACCUCUACCUGCUUGUACAAAGCCCAACAAACGUAAUAGUUUCUCCAGUCCAGACUUGUCGAAAAUCAAUUUCUUGGAUACUUUUGAUGAGGACAAAGUGGCUGCUUUCUUGCAUUUAAAUAGCUCCAGUGAUUUAGAGUUACAUGAUGACUUUGAAUGUGAAGUGGGUGCUUUACACAACUAUAGCUCUUUAAGUUUAGAUGACUCGGUUAUACCUGUGUCCUCUUCGUUAUUAGUAAUGGCCAGAAUUCAUGCUUUGAAAUCCAAGUCGGGCUCCAUGGAAAGUUUAAAUGUUUCCGGCCAAUUGCCACAAAACUUUAAUUUUUCUGCCUGCAAUACUUCCUCGAUUAAUCUAGUAGGAGCCAGUGGUGCGGUACCUUCAAUACAACAAUUAAGGCGUAAUAAAAUAGUUAUGGAAGAUGAACUUACGGGCUACUGUGUUAUGGCUCCUAUAAUAAGCAAAAAACUAGAGAGUCAAGAGACUACCACAACAACCACUUCUUCUACCACAUCUUCCACUACAUCAGGCUAUUCUACUGGUUCAUAUUCAUCCACCAGCUCUUCGACUUCUUCGAAUACUCAAGUUACCGAGAACAGAGACUUACAAUCGGACAUAUUUCAGAAACCUCAAUUAAUGAAAAGAAAUAUUAUUACAAAAGCCGCAAACGAAAGCGAUUAUGAUGAGGUUCCACUACGCAAGACCCCUUUGCCGGUGUCUGAAGCGGACCUCAGUAACAUCUAUGAAAAUAUGCAGACUGCUGGCUCGCCCUUAAAUGGCAGCAGUGUGAUUUUAAGAAAUCAUGAAAAUACCCCACCUUUAGCCAGGGAUUUUACGGGUAAUUUAUAUGAAAAUUUGUUAACCAUUAAGGCUGCCCAAGAAUUGGAACAACCUUUAUCGGGUCAUAUAUGUACAAGCACUCCAACCGACUCACCGGCCGACAAACAAUCGCCCGGUGGCUUAGAGGAGCAGGAAAAUUUCUAUCAAACACCACGCAAAUCCAUUAUAAGUGUUGAUGAUAAAAUUCCUUCGUAUUAUCCGAAUAGUUGUGAUACGGUCAAAAUGAGAAGACGUUCGAAUAGUCCUUCCAAACAAACGACUCCUACCACUCAUAAGUAUGGAGAUAAAGAGAAAUCUUCCACCACCACAAUGGGUAUUAAACAUUUGGUCAACAUCAAAAUGAAACGCGAACGCAAGGAAAACUUAUACAUAUCUUCACCACAAAAGAUCCUAGAACAACGCAAGAAAUCAUCCACAAAUUCUUGCCCUCCAGCCCUAGGCUCCACAAAAUCGAAAAAGUCAGCUAAUGCACAGAAAAUCUCCGAAAAUGUUUAUACAGUGAAUUUAACCAGCAAAAAAUCAUUACAACUUAACAAUAACAACUCCAACAAUAACAAUAAUAUUAGCGAGAAAACGCCAUAUAAUGAAAUAACCGAAACCGCCCAGCUUAAAGAAAAACUACAUACUGAACUUUUACAAUUAGCUUUAUUACAGAAUAUAGAUUUUAAAUUCGAUGAUACGUCCACAACAAAUACAUCAUCCAAUGUAGCGGCCACAUCCACUGCCAACUAUUUGAAAACUCCACCACAAAGUGGUAUCGCUAAAUUGGAACAGGCCGAAUUGGAAUAUGAGCAUUGCUAUCAAGCCACUAAGGAUGCCACCAGAUUGUUGCAUAAAUAUGCCACCCUGGCGCCCAAGCAAUCGAUGCGCAUUAAGCAACAACUGCAACAUCAUUUACAGCUAAAUCAAAGCUCAAAUAAAAAAAUCCUAAUGACACAAUCCACUAAAUUGGAAUCGCCAAUGUCGAGCAGUGACUUAGCGGCCGCUAAUGUGGCUAUGGGCUCUAAAAAGUUUGCUUCAUUGCCUAGAUUUAAGAAAAUUGACUUUUCACCCUUAAAGCUUAAAAUCAAUAAUGUUUUACAAAGAAAUCAAACACCCGACUUUUGAGUAACCCAACAAUAUUGGGAAAAAGAGUCUUAAAUUACGUUUAAUGUUAUUUUGAAAACAAACAAAAGGUUGUUAAAUGUUUGUGAUUUUAUGUUUUUAGGUUGCUAGUUAAAAUUUAAUUUAGUUUUU